AGGCAGGCUACGGGUCAUUAAUGUGGUGCUACUGACUGCGAUGUUCUCAGCAUCUCGGUUCAUGCGACUCCUAUACCGGUCAACUAGUGCUCUAUCAGUUAGACAAUUUAGGCGCAGGCAGAUAGACGUAGUGACGGCUCUGUCAAUACCUCACCCCUUCAGCCUCGUGGCAUUGUCGCGAAAUGAAUAGAGAGGGUACAAGCAAAAUCAUACUACCUUCUGUGUCGCUCGCCGCAGGAGGCAUUGGCGGCGCGGUCGAGGCAGCCGUCACGUACCCGCUCGAGUUCGCCAAGACGCGAAUGCAGCUAGGCACUGUGAAGACCCGCAACCCCUUCGUCGUCAUCAAUCAUGUCGUCCGCACCGAAGGGCUGCCCGCCCUCUACAAGGGCUUCCCUAACGUCAUCCUCGGCUCCAUGGGAAAGAACGCGAUCCGCUUCGUCUCCUUCGACGCCAUCAAGAACGUAUGGAAGGACGCCGAGACCGGCGAGCUCACGCCCACGCGGAGCCUGCUCGCAGGCAUGACUGCUGGGGUCGUCACCAGCAUCUUCGCGGUGACGCCGACGCAACGAAUCAAGACCGCACUCAUUGACGAUGGCGGGGGCGAGCGAAGAUUCCGCUCCGGCUUGCACGCCGCAAGGGUUAUGUACCAGGAGCGCGGGCUCGCCGCGCUCUACUACGGGUUCAGCGGCACAACGUUGAAAGCGAUAUCCGCGACAGGGGUCCGGAUGGGCACGUACAACAUCCUCAAGGACUACGAGCAUUCGAGGAACAUCCAGCCGAAGAUGUCCACGAGCUUCAUGAAUGGAGCUGUGGCGGGAUUUGUGACGACGUAUGCCACGCAGCCAUUCGAUACCCUUAAGACGCGCUGUCAGACGUCAAAUGGCGCGUCGACGGUGGAGGCGUUCAGGAAUAUCAUGGCGGACGGCGGGAUCAGGGUGUUCUGGAGUGGAAGCAUAGUCAGGCUGGGCCGGACGAUCCUCAGUGGUGGAAUCUUGUUCACUGUCUACGAGAAAAUCGCGGCUGCUAUGCCCCCACUUUUAGGUGCCAAAUGACAUUCGUUCCGAAUCGUCAUAUGUAACUUGUAGCCGCGCGACGCUGUAGUGGCGAACUAAUGUGAC